AUGGCAGAGAGCUCCGACGAGAUAACUCCGGUGGUGGAGCCCGUCUUGGUCGUGGGCACCUCGGGAGAUAUGGAGAACGAAGCUUAUGGGACCGGGGAGGUCAAGGCCAUGAAGGAUCACAUAGAUCUUGAAUCUUCGCUGCCCAAGAAGCCGCCGCCCAUGGACCUGAAGGAGAUCGCCGGGAGCUUCCGGCUCGCUGCCUCGGUCUUCAGCAAGAAGUGGCACAAGUGGCGGCGCAAGCAGAAACUCAAGAAGGAGGAGGCAGCCGGCAGCAAGGCAGCGGCCGCGGCAAUGCCGCCGUCGGAGAAGCCAUCCAACCCCUCGUUCCUUCGGCGGAGCCGCCUUCGUGGGGAAGCGGGCUCGGAGUUCGCCGGAGGCCGUCGUUCGUGCGACACGGACCCAAGAUUCUCCCUUGAUGCUGGCCGCAUGUCUGUCGACGAUGUAGGCCUAUCCUGGGACGGGCCCCGCGCGUCCUGGGACGGCUACCUCUUCGGCGCCGGCGCCGGCAUUGGCCUUGGCCGAGCGCCUCUGCCGCUGUCCCGGCUCCCGCCCAUCCUGUCCGCGCUGGAGGACUCACCUGCCGGCGUGGUGGAGCGCUCUGAUGGCCAAAUUCCUGUGGAAGAUGACUCGCAGCCAGAGCCCGACGGCGACGCCAACACCCCUGGCGGCUCGGCGCAGACGCGAGACUACUACAUGGACACGUCGAGCAGGAGGCGCCGGAGCCUGGAGCGGUCAAGCUCCGUGCUGAGAAGGUCGUUCGAAGCGCCCGACCCAAAGCCAGCACCCACAGCGGCCGCCAUCACCAAUGCCACGGCGCCCCCGCUGAUCGGCAGCUCGGAGUUCUACCACUUCCACCAUGCCGAAGACCUGCUCGACCAAAGGUUCAGCUCCAACUCUGUCAUCGAAGACUUCCCCGUGACCCUGGACGCCGCGUUCCCGGGCCCCGCCAAGAAGCCACGGCGGCUCGGCAAGGCGUGGAGCCUGUGGGGCUUCAUACACCGCCGGGCCACGGGCCGGCGGAGCGACCCGUCCGACGCCGCGGACCGCGCGUUCUCGGAGCCGUGGCCGGAGCUGCGCGCCCGCGGGUACGGCAACGCCGGGAUGCAGAGGUGCAACAGCAACGCCAGCGCGCGCAGCUCCUUCAGCAGCAACAGCGCCGGCCUGGGCAGCUCGCGGCGCUGCUUCGUGGACGGCCACGGCAGCGUGAAGCGGCGGCAGGAAGAGCAGUGCGUGCUGGAGCGGAACCGCAGCGCUCGGUACUCGCCGGGGCAGCACGCGGACAACGGCAUGCUGCGGUUCUACCUGACCCCGCUGCGGAGCGCCAGCGGCCGGCGCGGCGCCACCGGGCUGCCGCCCAACGGCGGCCGGCACCUGCGGUCGCAGUCGUUCGCGAGGAGCAUGCUCCGGCUGUACUGA